AGUAACGCGUGACCGCGCAACGCUCCCGUGAACGCGCACGCCGUUUGCGGACGAUGAAGCCAUUUGGAAUAGGAGGAAGCAAAGGCUUUUCAGCUGAGUGCGCACGGAAGGAAACACGGAGACGUUUCUCCACGCACACGCAAACCUAUCAGGAGACAUAUGUGACAGUCAGAAAUCCUCACCUUCUGCUACAUCGGAAAAUUGCUGUUAAACAUGAUUGGAACCGUAGCUGGAAUACGUCUAAUCCGGACCUGACUCCGUGCUUUCAAAGCACCGUGCUGGUGUGGGUGCCAUGCCUCUACCUGUGGCUCUGUGCCCCUUUCUACCUGAUGUACAUGCGCAGCCACAACCGGGGCUACAUCUGUAUGAGUCACCUCAACAAGGCAAAAACGGCUGUGGGUUUCCUGCUGUGGAUCAUCUGCUGGUUGGAUGUCUUCUACUCCUUCUGGGAGAGGAGUCACAGUAGAAACGUCGCCGCCGUCCACCUCGUCAGCCCCACCCUGCUGGGCCUCACCAUGCUGCUGGCCACCCUGCUGGUCCAGUAUGAGAGGAUGAAGGGCGUGCAGUCGUCUGGAAUCAUGCUCAUCUUCUGGCUGCUGGCGCUGCUGUGCGCCUCCGUCACCUUCAGGUCCAAGAUCCUGCAGGCUCAAGACCAGCCCGAGGCGGUGAGUGGGUGGAGGUACACCACCUUCUACGUCUACUACGCCCUGCUGCUGCUUGCCCUCGUCCUGUCCUGCCUCAGCGACCAGAUGCCCCUCUUCUCUCAGGCUGUCAAAGACCCGAACCCCUGCCCUGAGCCUGGAGCGUCGUUCCUGUCCAGGAUAACCUUCUGGUGGAUCAGCGGGAUGAUGUUGUCUGGGUACAAGCGUCCCCUGGAGGAGAAGGACCUGUGGUCCCUGAACCCAGAGGACCGGUCCCACUGCGUGGUCCCGCAGCUGCUGCGCCGCUGGACUGCAGAGUGCCACAAAGUCAAGAGGACGGAAGAAAAAAUGCUGUACUCGCCCAAGCAGCCCCCCCAUGGUGAAAACAAAGAGGUCCGAGCCGUUGAAGAGUCUGAAAUCCUGAUCGUGAAAUCUCCAAAGAAAAGCAGGGAGCCCUCCCUGCUGUGGGCUCUCUGUCUGACGUUUGCUCCGCACUUCCUGGUGUCCUGCCUGUACAAGCUCAUCCAGGACAUCCUCAUGUUUGUGGGGCCAGAGAUCCUCCGGCUGCUGAUCCUGUUUGUCAAUGACCCCGAUGCCCCCUCCUGGCAGGGCUACUUCUACGCCGCGCUGCUCUUCGUGUGCACGUGCGUGCAGUCGCUCAUCCUGCAGAGGUACUUCCACGUGUGCUUCGUGUCUGGCAUGCGGCUGCGCACGGCCGUCAUCGGAGCCAUCUACAGGAAGGCGCUGGUCAUCAGCAGCGCGGCUCGCCGCUCCUCCACGGUGGGGGAGAUUGUCAACCUGAUGUCCGUGGAUGCUCAGCGCUUCAUGGACCUCGUCACUUACAUCAACAUGAUCUGGUCUGCCCCCCUGCAGGUGGUGCUCGCCCUUUAUUUCCUUUGGGAGAACCUGGGUCCGUCUGUGCUGGCCGGAGUGGCUGUGAUGAUUCUGAUGGUUCCCAUCAACGCCGUCAUCGCCAUGAAAACCAAAACCUAUCAGGUGGCCCAGAUGAAGAACAAGGACAGCCGCAUCAAGCUGAUGAACGAGAUGCUGAACGGCAUCAAAGUGCUGAAGCUCUACGCCUGGGAGAUGGCCUUCAAGGAGAAGGUGUCCCAGAUCCGGGAGAACGAGCUGAAGGUCUUGAAGAAGGCGGCCUACCUGGGAGCAGUGUCCACCUUCACCUGGGUCUGCGCCCCCUUCCUGGUCGCGCUGUCCACCUUCUCUGUGUACGUGCUGAUUGACGAUCAGAACGUUCUGGACGCUGAGAAGGCCUUCGUGUCGCUGGCCCUCUUCAACAUCCUGCGCUUUCCUCUGAACAUGCUGCCGAUGGUCAUCAGCAGCAUGGUGCAGGCCAGCGUGUCUCUGAAGCGUCUCCGGGUCUUUCUGUCCCACGAGGAGCUGCAGGAGGACAGCGUGGAGCGUCCAGCAGCAGGAGGCUCUCCAUACAGCAUCUCCAUCGAGGACGGCGUCUUCAGCUGGUCCAGAUCGGAGUCACCAACGCUGAAGAGGCUGAACGUCCGUAUCCCAGAAGGCUCUCUGGUCGCUGUGGUUGGACAUGUGGGUUCAGGAAAGUCCUCGCUGCUUUCCGCCCUGCUGGGAGAAAUGGACAAGAUGGAAGGAAGCGUUUCUGUGAAGGGCUCGGUGGCCUACGUCCCCCAGCAGGCCUGGAUCCUAAACGCCACGCUGAAAAACAACAUCGUUUUUGGGCAGAAGAGGAAGGAGGCGUGGUACCACCGCGUGGUGGAGGCCUGCGCUCUCCAUCAGGACCUGGAAAUCCUUCCUGCUGGAGACGAGACUGAGAUUGGAGAAAAGGGAGUCAAUCUUUCUGGGGGCCAGAAGCAGCGGGUGAGCCUGGCCAGAGCCGUGUACUGCGAUCGCUCCGUCUACCUGCUGGACGACCCGUUGUCCGCCGUGGACGCUCACGUGGGGAAGCACAUCUUUGACCACGUCAUCGGCCCCCAGGGGCUGCUGAAGGACAAGACUCGCAUCCUGGUGACCCAUGGGCUCAGCUACCUGCCUCAGGCCCACCUGGUCCUGGUCAUGGUGGACGGGGAGAUCACGGAGGUCGGCUCCUACCAGCAGCUCAAGGAGAAAGAGGGAGCCUUCGCCGAGUUCCUGCGGAUGUACGCCGCCAACGAACAGAGUGAGGAAACCGAGCCGGUGCCUAACAGUCCCACCAAGCCGAUGGAGAAUGGCGUUGGGCCUGGAUUUACCGGCAGCAGCCAGAGUGCCAGCAACGUCUCCAAAGGUUCUGUAUCCGAGCAGAACGUAGAGCAGAAGAAUUCCAAGAACGCUGAGGCGGGAAAGACGACGGAUGCUGACAAAGCCCUCACUGGACGGGUCAAGCUGUCCGUCUUCUUCUCCUAUCUCAAAGCCAUCGGCGUGCUUCUGUCCAUCAUCAGCCUGCUGUUCUUCCUCAGCCACAAUCUGCUGUCGCUCUUUGCCAACUACUGGCUGAGCCUGUGGACCGAUGACCCCGUGGUGAACGGCACUCAGCCGAACAGGCUGAUGAGGCUGGGGGUGUACGGUGCCCUCGGUGUGUCCCAAGGUGUUGCGGUCUGUGGCUACUCCCUGUCCGUGUCCAUCGGGGGCAUCCUGGCAUCCCGGUUCCUCCAUCAGUCCAUGCUGUUUGACGUUCUGCGCUCCCCCAUGUCCUUUUUUGAGCGAACUCCCAGUGGUAACCUUGUCAACCGCUUUGCCAAAGAGAUGGACACCAUCGACUCGGUGAUCCCCAUGAUCCUGAAGAUGUUCAUGGGAUCCCUGUUCAACGUGGUGGGAUCCUGCAUCAUCAUCCUGGUCGCCACGCCGAUGGUUGCUUUAAUCAUUCCCUUCCUGGGCGUGCUCUACUUCUUCGUGCAGAGGUUUUAUGUGGCGUCUUCGAGGCAGCUGAAGCGUCUGGAGUCGGUCAGCCGCUCACCCAUCUACACCCACUUCAGCGAGACGCUGCUGGGCACGUCUGUGAUCCGGGCCUUCGGAGAGCAGGAGCGCUUCAUUCACGAGAGCGACCAGAGAGUGGACCACAACCAGAAGGCGUACUACCCCGGCAUUGUGGCCAACAGGUGGCUGGCCGUCCGGCUGGAGUUUGUGGGGAACUGCAUCGUGUCGUUUGCUGCUUUGUUUGCCGUCUUAGCCAGAGAGAGCCUGAGCCCCGGCAUCAUGGGCCUGUCCAUCUCCUAUGCCCUGCAGCUGACCGCCUCCCUGACCUGGUUGGUGAGGAUGUCCUCUGACGUGGAGACCAACAUCGUCGCAGUGGAGAGAGUGAAGGAGUACAGCGACACAGAGAAAGAGGCGGAGUGGAGGCACGAGCCCCCCACCGUGCCCCCUGAUUGGCCGACGGAAGGCUGCAUACGCAUCACAAACUUCGGCCUUCGUUACCGUAGCGACCUGGACCUGGCCAUCCGCAACAUCAACGUGGACAUCAGCGGAGGAGAGAAGGUGGGGAUCGUGGGACGCACCGGAGCAGGGAAGUCGUCCCUGACGCUGGGACUGUUCCGGAUCAUCGAGCCGGCUGAAGGCAACAUCUUCAUCGACGGCGUGGACAUCGCCAAGCUGGGCCUGCAUGAGCUGCGCUCCAGGAUCACCAUCAUACCACAGGACCCCGUCUUGUUUUCGGGGACUCUGAGGAUGAACCUGGACCCGUUUGACUCUUACUCCGAUGAAGACAUCUGGAAGGCUCUGGAGUUCUCCCAUCUCAAGAGCUUCGUGUCCGGCCUGCCCGACAAACUGGGCCACGAGUGCAGCGAAGGCGGAGAGAACCUCAGCCUGGGCCAGCGGCAGCUGCUGUGCCUGGCCAGAGCUCUGCUGAGGAAGACCAAGGUCCUGGUGUUGGACGAGGCCACGGCCGCCAUCGACAUGGAGACGGACGACCUGAUUCAGACCACCAUCCGCUCACAGUUUGAAGGCUGCACCGUGCUGACGAUCGCUCACCGCCUCAACACCAUCAUGGACUACACCAGGGUUCUGGUGUUGGACAAAGGACAGAUGGCAGAGUUCGACUCUCCCUCCAACCUCAUCGCUCAGAAGGGGGCCUUCUACCGGAUGGCGAAGGACUCUGGGCUCAUCUGAGGCACGGGGGGGAAGUCGCCUGUUCAAGCAGCCGUCCGACUCGGUGGUUGACAGGGGGGGGGUUGUUGAGGAUCCGGGGUUGGGCCUCCUGCUGUAACCACAGUUCUUAGUGAAAUGACCAUGGGGGGGGGGGGUCGCUGAGACUCGAGGGUCUUCAUGCCAAAUACUGCCUUCAUGUGCGUCUGGGACGGUUGCUGGCGUCCCGUUUCCACUUUUGGUUCCUUUGAAAAGAUGAAGGUGGUUUGCUUCAUCCGGAUUUGAUUUGGAAACUCUUCACUUUCUGAGUGAUGAAGACUUCUGGACAGACUUUCUCUGGCUUCAUUUCAUGCAGUGAGACGUUCUCCCAGAGGAACUUUGGAUGGUCUGCAGACGGAGCUCGGUUCCAGACCCGUUUUUGAAUGUAUACCUACAGGAAUGGUGCCUCCAACACCAACAAUCACACAACCAAACCACAAACGCACAAACCUCUGGUGAAAUGUGUCAGACACAUUUCACUGGCCGUGCAGCACUCCUUAUUUAUUCUGUGUUGGUUCUCCGUAGCUUUAAGUUGAGCGUUGAAGGCUUUCAGAGUGAAAACCGCUUUUAGGAAACAGCCGUGUUCAGGUUUUAUUAUCAAAGCUUUAAUUUUUAGAAAAUGCAGCAGGAAACUGAUGUUUGAACAUUAGAACUGUCGGUACGGAGUCAUCUUCUUCAAGUUUGUAUUUCUUUGAAUUGUUUGCAGCUCUCAAAGGGUUAAAAACACGUUUAAAGACUUUGGUUCUCUGGACAAAGUAGGUCUCUGACUUUUAUUGGAGUGAAAAGUGUUUUAGAAAUAAAAGCUGAACUCCUAAAGUAGACCGCAUGAUGACAUCAGAUAGGACAGAGAAUUAGCGCCGCCAUAGAAUGAAUAGAUAGGAAAAUAAAUUCAUCAAAAUAAAGUACCGGUAAUACAAUGAUUUGCUAAAAGUCUUAACUUAAUGAGAAUUAAGUUGUAAAAUUAUGAGGGAAAAAUAAGAUUAAAAAAAGUAUUUGAAAAUAGUUGUAAUUUUAAAAGAAUGAAGUUAUAAAAGUAAGAAAGGUUCUAACUUUACCAAAAAUAAAGUCAGUAAAUCUAAAUUUCUUUUUUUUAUGUAUGAUUUAUUUAUUCAUUUUUCAAAAUAGGAAAAAAAAACAAUUCAAAACCACAAUUACAAAGAAAGAAAAGAGAAUAAAAAAGUACACAAAUGAAUGAAUAAAAUCAUACAAACAGUAUACUGUGCUACCAAUCUAUGAACAGCAGAGACACUCAACACCUCAUACCUGUUAAUGUAUUUGAAAGUUCACUGGGUCAGUUCUAAGGUCAAGGAAAUGACAUGCUCUAAGAAAGGUGACCACAUUUCACAGAAUUUACAUCCAGUACCAUUAAGAGAAUGUCUGAUUUUUUUUUACAGCUUAAUAAAAGAAAGUGACUGUUUUA